GCUGGCGGGCAUCACUAAUAAGGUACGCUCAGGCCCUGUACGCAUCUGCUUUUUUAAAGAACACUGCUGAUCAAGGAUGGCUUCAAAGGGACUCUACAUGUUCCAGGUGAACGUCACCGACCUCCAACUGUCGCCGCUCUCAGUAUCCAAGAUUCUCGAUGGCACUGGCAUCGACGUGCCAACGCUUGAUGACAUCAAAAUCCCCGGUAUCAACUCGAGGCAGGAGUCCCAGACGACCAACAUCACCGCGAAAGACCUCGGCCUGUACGACAUAUACGAUGUCAACCCUUGGAACUACUGCUACACGGCCCACAACGGCACGCGCGCCUGCACCAAGCCGGCCUUCGACUGGGCCACCAACGCGCUCAACACGACGACGGGCGACAUCAACAGCAUGAUCACGGCGACCGGCCUGAACGUGACGCUGCCCAAGGAGAUCACGGACGCGGUCAAGGCGUUCGGCACCGUCUCCAAGUGGACGCAGAUCGUCUUCAUCAUCGCCUACAUCGCGCUCGGCGUCGAGCUCUUCUUCGGCCUCUUCGCCAACUGCAGCCGCGCCUUCUCGUGCGUCACCUGGCUCAUCUCGGCGAUCGCCACCACCGCCGUGGGCGCCGCGGCCGGUCUCGCGACAGCCACUUCGGUCGUGGUAGUCGGGGCCGUCGAGGCGUCGGCCAAGGUGUAUGGCGUCGACGCGCACUUCAACACCACGUACCUGGCCAUCAUCUGGCUAGGCGCCGCGUUCGCCAUCGCCGCCGGCCUGUUCUGGAUGUUCACGAUCUGCUGCUGCGCGCCCGACCACUCGUCCCGCCGUAGCGGCCGCGGUAGCCGGCACUCGGACACCGAGAAGCUCAUGUCGGGCGGCACGGGCUACCAGCGCCUCAGCGAGCCGGGCGGCUAUACCAGCACCGGGUAUGCCAGGCAGUCGCAGUACGGCCCGGCGCAACAGCACUCGCCCGCGUACGAGCCGUUCUCGCAUGCUCGUGUUUAAGGGGGUUAUGAUUGGGGGUGUGUGGCGGCUACAAAAAAUAAAAAUCACGAAGCGAUAGAGGGAGGCGAUGUAUCUUCGCCUGCUUCUAUUUCGUAUCUCUUCUUUUUUUGCGUCUCUUGUUUCUUACCGUUAUCUAUGGCAUCAGUCCGGCGUUGGGAGGUUUUCUCUGGGGAAAUUCGGAAGACGGGAAUCAGGUCUCUGGGUUAGAGAGAGCGGUUAGAUGGCCAUGCGGUUUCACGUAGAUGGAUGAGAUGAUAUCUCGCUAUGAUACCCUACUGGGGUCCAACGAAUGCAAUGAUGACUGCACAUCAGUUCUUUUCAAACUAAUAAAGAGUCGGCUUUGAGACCUUAUUCCAU